AUGGAAGUUCCAUACCCGGAUCAUAGGAGGCCACUCUACCUGGAGGGGCAGAUCAGUGAUGUAUUUAUACGGAGGGCUUUGGUAGACACGGGUUCUUCUGACAACAUUUUGCCUCUAUUUGUACUUAUAGCAGCUGGUAUUCCACUAUCCAAGAUCGUGCAGUCCCAGACGAGCAUUAACGGCUUUGGGAAUCAAAGUAGGGCCAAUCCGGUCACUUACCAAGUUCUAAGUGGUGGACGUAGAUGUGGCUUAUCACGCUUUGCUGGGAAGGCCAUGGCUCAACAAGCAUAA